GCGGAACCGAGCUUUCCGGCAGCUCAUCAGCCCCGCCAUGGAAUGGCUGCUAGCGAACCCGCAGAUCAACAGCACGUUCGGCUCGCUCGGCACGCACGUCGACGAUGCGUUCCACGUGAGGGAGGACUGUCUGGUAACGCUGGAAGAAAUCAUCUGUAAGCUGGCGGUGGAGGAUGCGACCCUGCGUACGUUUCGCCGGGCGAUCGGCUUCGGGCAGAACGUGAAGAAUGACAUCGUGCCGCUGCUGGUGAACUCGAAGGAUGCCAAAGUGAUCGACACCACCAUCCGGCUGCUGGUGAACCUGACCGUGCCGGUCGAGUGUCUGCUUCCGGUGGACCUCGUGUCCAAGUCGGAGAUCGGCCGGCACACGAUCUUCGAGCUGAACAAGCUGCUGAUCACGAGCAAGGAAGUGUUCGUCGACUGGAAAACCACCAAAGCGGUGAUUGACCACAUGAAGGGCGUGCUCGAGCGGGACAGCAAGCUGUCGAUCCAGCAGUGUGACAGCAUGAACAACUGUCUGCUGCUGCUGCGCAACAUCCUGCACGUACCGGAAUUGGGCCUGCACACGCCCGGCCACAGCACAUCGUUCCAGAACCAGAUCAUCUGGAACCUGUUCACGCAGAGCAUCGACAAGCUGCUGAUCUACCUGAUGUCCUGCCCGCAGCGGGCGUACUGGGGUGUUACGAUGGCCCAGCUCGUGGCGCUCAUGUACAAGGACCAGCACAUCAGCACACUGCAGAAGCUGCUGAACCUGUGGUUCGAGUCGACGCUCUCGGAGAGCUCGGAGGACAACGAGAGCAACACGUCGCCCCCGAAACAGUGCAGCGGGGACUCGAGUCCCAUGCUCACGUCCGACCCGACCUCCGAUUCCUCCGACAAUGGUGAAUGUCCACGCAGGCGGACGCCACCCCACCUGCACCACCAACCCGACAGUCUUAUGAACGCUGUUUGCAUUUUAGGCAGUGGCAACACGCCCUCGUCCAUGAGCAAGGAUUCGUCCGAGCCGACGGAGACCAUUUUCUCGCGCGCGAUCAAGUCCCACCAGAUGUACCACCAUCAGUCGAUGAAGGCCAACGCCGGACCGCCGUCGGACUGUUGCGGCCCCAGCGGCAGCAGCAGCAGCAACAGCCAACAGCAGCAGUACUGCGAGAGCCCGCCGCAACCAAGGACCAGUGCUACGGACGCACAGGAAACCAAAAUGUCCAAAUGUGCGGCCAAGGGUCCAUUGGAAUCGUUGGUCCCAUCUCCCUCCGGGCCCUCCGCCUUUUCCAGCCCACCGCACCACCACCACCACCACCACCAUCACCACCAACAACCGGCGACCGGCAGUGAGCCAGCAUCAUCGCUGGCGGGCGCCACCGACAGUGGUCACUCGUCGCAAACCACAUCCGGUGGCUCGGCGUCGCCGGCUCAGCAGACGAAGCAGAGCCAGGUCUCGCUGUCGGAAAACUCCGACUGCGGCUACGGGACGCAGGUGGAGAAGGAGUCCAUCUCGACGUCGAGCAACGAGGACGACAGCCCGCACCAGAAGCCGGUCCAUCAGAAGCCACCGACAAACCAGAAGCAGCGCUUCAAUGCCGCAAAUAAGCACCGCAAUCCCGCGCCGGCUCAGGAGAAGAAGGAACUGCGGCGCAAGAAGCUGGUGAAGCGGGGCAAGAGCAACAUCAUCAAUAUGAAGGGUCUGAUGCACCACGUCCCGACGGACGAUGACAUAUCGCAUAUCCUGAAGGAGUUCACGGUCGACUUUCUGCUCAAAGGCUACGGCUAUCUGGUGCAGGAGCUGCACUCCCAGUUGCUGUCGGAUUUGCAAGUGCAGAUCGAUACGUCUCACUUUUUCUGGCUGGUGACGUACUUCCUGAAGUUCGCCACACAGCUAGAGCUGGACCUGGAGCACAUCAGUUCGGUGCUCAACAUCGACAUCAUCAGCUACCUAACGUACGAGGGUGUGAUGCUGUGCGAGCAGCUGGAGCAGCUGAGCCGUGUCACCGAGACCGACGUUAAGCCCUGCCUAAGGAGGAUUCAUUUGGUUGUAACAGCGAUCCGCGAGUUCCUGCAUGCGCUCGAUACCUACAAGAAGAGUACACAUCUAUCGGCGGAAGACAGAGAGAAGCUCAAGCUACUUCAGCAGCAAAUCAGCUGCACCGAGGACCUACGCUGUCUGUUCGUUCUGCUGCUCCGAUGCUACAACCCCAACAUUCAGAGCCGCCAGUAUCUGCAGGAUCUGGUCGUGACGAACCACACGCUGUUGCUGCUGCUCGACGGUGUCCGCGAGCUGAACGCCGAUGCGACGCCGGGCGACAUGUUGACCCACAUUAAACAGUUUGCCACCGUGGAGAUCAUGCACCAGUACGGGCUUCUGUUGGAGGACUUCCGCGAGAAUGGGGCGUACGUGAACGAUUGCAUCUUCACCAUGAUGCACCACGUCGGGGGCGACCUGGGACAGAUCAAUGUGCUGUUCCAGCCCAGCAUCCUCAAGACGUACUCGCAAAUCUGGGAAACGGAGUACGAGCUGUGUGAUGAUUGGUCCGAUUUGAUCGAGUAUGUGAUCCACAAGUUCAUCAAUACACCGCAACCGGCACCGUUGACGCUUUCGACGACGCUGCCCGAGAUCAGCACCCAACUGCGGACGGGCAACCUGCUCGGGUGGACCCAAGAGGAGAAGGACUCGCUGCACUGGUACUACGUGCAGUGCCGGCAGAGUAAGUGUCUGGUGGGGGACAUCCUGAAGUUGUUCCAGGAGAACGGGAACCAGCAGAAAACGCGCCUCUCCAUCAUCGAGCAGCUGCUCGAGCAGGACAUUAUUGCGCUCGCCCAGUACGACGAUCUGAUGAAACUGGAGAACCCGGAGUACGAGCGCAACGUGCAGACGCCGGCACUCUCGGUGGCGUCGGUCGAUUCGGUGGGCCGCCGGGAGGACGGCGACUCCAAGUCGUCGCCCAAGGCCGUGGACGACAUUCAGGUGUUGCGCGACCGGCUGCAGAAGGAAAACCGUGGCAAGCUGAUAGCCUGGCUGCAGAAGAGCCUGCUGGACUGUUGCUUCGUCAAGCUGAACCUACUGAGCGGCCAUGAUCACGUGAGCGCCACGAACACCGGACCGUCCGUCAUGGAGCCGGUGUCCUUCCACUGCAUCCUGAAGAAGAAAUCGAUCCCGGUGGUACCCUGGAACCAGGACCAGUUCGCGAUCCUCUCGUACCAACCGUUCAUCCUGCUGCUCCACAAGCUCGGCUUCCAUCUGCCGGCCGACGCGAAGAAGAUGUUCGUCCGCAUCCCGGAAUUCUGGACCGCCGACAUCCUCUACAACAUCGCCCGCAAGCUGGGACCGCUGGACAAAUCGAUUCUUAAGUUCGAUCUCAAGUACCUCAACAAGGUGCUCUCGAUGGAAAAACAAGCCAAGGCCGACUCUUGCCCGCCGACCGAUUCUCGGUUAGAGAACUUUGGAUUAUCAAGGUUCACUCCGCAGAUCACCACCAACUGGCUCGAUGUAGUGAUGCGCAAUAAGGCCGCCCAAAGCGGAAAGCGUAAGUUCGAUCUCGCCGGACCUUCGAAGGUGAUCGAAACGGCGAACGUUGCGCAUCCGGGGGCCAAGGCGGACGGCAAGCUGCCACCCGCCCAGACGAAGCUGCUGCACGACCUCUCGAUCAUCGUCGAGUCGAACGAUGACGACGACGACGAGCUGCCUGAGGAUGACGAUGGGCUGGACAGCACCGAGGUGCCGGUGCUGGAGGAACACGACGUCGUCAGUGCUUGCGAAACGGCUUCCGUUGCGUCGGACCUGACCCGUAUGUACGUGAGCGAUGAGGACGACAAGCACGACAUCGUUCCGCCGAUUCUGUAAGAAGCCACGUUGACAUACACUACAAAGCAAUUCGCGACCAACGCAAACCCCGAAUCACGGCACACUGUGCGGAGACGAACUGAUCGAGGAUUGGAAGUUGUGGAACCAAAAUUUGCAAUUUAGUGACCAGUGACCCAUCUCCAGUUCCAGUAUCUCAACGUGUUAGGUGCAACGCACACAUAUCCUUCGGUGUCAUAGCACCCCAUCGGCGCCCCACCAGAAGCAGCUUCGUACAAAGCCAACCACACAAUAAACGUCCCGGAAAGAGAACCCUAGCAGAGCAACUGCUAGCCAACCUGCUCCUUGUGCGAAUCGGAAGGAUGAUCAAUAGAGAGAGUGAAAGAGACAGAGAGAGAGAGAGGGAGUAGAACUAAAAUCAAAAUUCAACAAAUAAAUUCUCCCAAGCAAUGCUGGUACAAAGCAUUUCAGUAUCUUUGGUCAAACCAAAGCCCUAACGAUAGUAGCAUUAGUAGUAGUAGUAGUAGUAGCAGAAAGGCAACGUUUGCGCUGCGAAAGAUGUAUUUUUAAUAUUUCGCUGUUUAUUGCUCUCCAUUGGCUGUUGAAAAGGAAACCAACCAUCCAUUCGCCGUUCCAAGCGAGGAAGGACCUGAACGGGACCGAGUGGGAAUGAAGGAAAAUCAGAGGAAAAAUGGAUUAUAUUUACAAGCUAGUGAGGUGGUCCAGUACCAGUUUUACACACUCCAAAAGCUACUGUUAUCUUUCUGGUGCCUUUUGGUAGUGCGCCGUUUUUACAUACUUUCUAGUGUUGUUGUUUUCGAUAUCGUUUCCCUAUCGGCU